CGUACCCGGGCUGCCUGCGAUGUUCUGAAAGCUCAAAGGCGGAGAGUUACAGUAAAGCUCUAAGCUCACCUUUCACUGUCCAGAUCAGCCAAAGCAAACUUCCAUUCCUCCUCACCCCUCUUUUCCGUGCUGCAACUCUUUGCUCAUCCUGCCUGGCGAUAUCGAGAGCUAUAUCUGGGCCACGUUCAUUCCUCCAACGUCCGCUUUGUUCCCGCCAUGGCGUCGAACCCCGCCGACCAGGAUGAGAUCGUAUCUCAAUUCUGUACCAUGACAGGCACAGGCCCCUCAGAGGCGCGCCACUUCCUGGACGCCAACGAGUGGGACAUCGAGGCCGCAGUGACAGAGUUCUUUGCAGAGCAGGACGAAGCUCUGCAAGGAAUGAACACGGGAGGCGGAAGACGACUUGGGUCCGAAGAUGACUCUACAGAUAGACCCCGUGGACGCACGCUGGGUGGUAGUCCCGCAUUGUCUUCUUCUACCCCGCAGCAAUCUUCCUCAACCUCGCGGAAAGCACCAAAAAAGAAAUUCGCUACACUGGGAGAUCUUCAGUCAGGCGCGGGUGGCGAUUCUUCAGAAGAUGACGAGACGGAGAAUCAAGACUUCUUUGCGGGCGGUGAGAAGUCCGGGUUGGCAGUGCAGAACCCGGAUGAUAUCAAACGCAAGAUUCUCGAGAAGGCGAGGAGGGCACAACCUCCGUCUGAUGAGCCCAAGCAAAAGAAGUCCUACUUUUCCGGCACGGCGCGCACUCUUGGCGGCGAUGAUGCUCCCAGCCGGGUAGUAGAAGAUCCAAAUGCAGGAAUCCCUCAACGCCCACCUCGAGUGCACAGAACACUUCACUUCUGGAGAGAUGGUUUCUCUGUCGAUGACGGCGAUCUGUACAGAUCUGACGAUCCAGGCAAUGCCGAGAUCCUUGAUGGAAUUCGUCAAGGCCGCGCUCCGCUCUCUAUCAUGAACGUUCUUCCUGGUCAGGAAGUCGAUGUUGAAAUCAAGCAACACGAGGAGGCUUAUACGAAGCCGAAGCCAAAGUAUAAGCCAUUCUCUGGUACCGGUCAGAGACUGGGAAGCCCUACACCUGGUGUGAGGAACCAGGCACCUGCUGCUGCUGCUGCUGCCUCCGCGCCUGCUGCAGAACCCGUGAAACCUAACGUGGACGAGUCACAGCCUGUCGUCACGUUGCAGAUUCGACUAGGCGAUGGCACACGUCUGACUUCCCGGUUCAAUACCACACACACCAUUGGCGACGUCUACUCCUUCGUUUCCGCGGCAAGCCCUGCCAGCCAAUCUCGACCGUGGGUGCUGAUGACCACUUUCCCAAGCAAGGAACUUAGCGACAAGAGUGCUGUUCUGGGCGACCUUCCUGACUUCAAGCGGGGUGGUGUGGUUGUACAGAAAUGGACUUGAACAUUUAUGAGAACGCAGACUCCGCCGUGUAUGUAAUUCGCUUGUCCAGGACACUUCGUCUCCGAAAUGUCUGGAUAGCAGGCUACCUUUAGGUUUAAAUUCAGCAGAGCUUUGAAGCCUUAGCCCUGCCUUUCAGUCACAUUUCCGUAAGGGUUGAAGAGUGCUAGGUUGGACUAGAUAAGGCAUAAUAGCAGCUCCAAGAUUAAAUCAAAAUGUAAUGCUGAUGGUUUUCGUCUAAAAGCCAACAAGCUCUACUCGUGGAUAUCCAGAUAUCUACGAAGCGGUCCCGUGGAUUGUCGAAGCUUCCUAGACGGGUGUAAGACGUAUGUGCCUUCCCAGGCAGCAUUGCACGUUAUCCGCAUGAUUAUAUACACAAGUAGCAUCAUAAUUAC